AUGUUUGGGGACUCGCUGGGCUUCUGGCGUCAUCGCGUCGUAAGCCUUAGCCAAGCCAUCGACUUUCUGCCCGGGAAGCUCUGCUACGUGGCCGUCGCGUCGCAGCCCAAGCCCAAGGACAACACGAUUUUCUUUUCGAUCGACACGCAGCUCGUGUAUUGGAACUACUGCCUCGUCUAUGGCCCGCUCAACAUUGGCCACGUCUUCCGUUUCAACGACAUCAUCGCCGAGCACUUGGCGCACGCGGCGAAAACCAACGCCAAGGUCAUCUUCUACUCGAGCACGAACGGUCAGCGCCGCGCAAACGCCGUCUGCCUCCUCUGCUGCUGGGCCAUGCUCUUCCAGAAGCUCGACGCGGCGACAGCCUACGCGCCGGUAGAGCGCCAAUCGUUCCCGUCGUUCCAUGACGUGACCGAUUUCGAGUGCUCUUACGACCUGAGUAUGGUCGCCGCACCAGCUCGUGAACCCGGAUCGUCUACUGGGGGUGUGGUGAGAGCAGGCGCGGCUUGA